AUGCGAUCGCUGCCACCAGGAGGAGCAACGCAGGAACACCUGGACCGAUGCACGGCCUUGAUGCUAGGCUGUGCAGCAGGUCCAGUCAUGGCUGGCAUGAUGGCCGGGUAUGUGGACGUACCGGUCACCUGCUUGACAGCAAUGCUGCAAGACAAGGAACUCCUGCAACUGCGAGUUGAAGCUUUGUUCAACAUGCACGCAGUAGAGGUACCCGAUUCUGCCGGGGCCGAGUCGAAAUUGCGACUGGAGGACUUCCAGCGCUCCUACCUUGGAUAUUUCGACAGGGCCGCAAGCCUGCUCAACGAUGCGUGCACGGUGCCACGGAAUGACGAGUCACUGCCAUCUACGGUAUCAACAUGUUGCUUGCAAUAG